AUGUUCAAAUCGCUGAAAACAACCGUCCCGGACGUCGAAAUAAAUAAAUCAGAGAACGAGCUUCAGCAGUUUCAACACACAACUACUUCCUCAGCAACUCCAAACCCACUCCCGGUUAAACCCAAAACAUCAACAAAUCAAAAUUGCGUCAUUAAACAACUCAAGAAGAAAUUGAAAAACUUGAAAAUCCUUGGACGCAACAAUAAUUCGUUCAACAAUGAAAUAAUUGCAGUCAGCAAAUUGAUAAGGUCUAAGCUUCAUUACUCGAGGCGUCAAGGUAAAUCCGACGUUUCAAUUCAACUAUCAAAAAACUUUUGGAAAGCAUGCAAAAAAAUUUUCUCGCUCACCACAACACCUCCAUCAUUCGAUGUUGAAAAAGAAAGCAAUUUCUUCUACAGCACAAUGGAAGCCGAUGAUAAAUGUUAUUACAACAUUCCGGACUGGAUCCCGUCUUUGCCGUUGCCCUUAUACGGAAGUGAUGUCGGUCCUCAAACAUACGAAACAGUUUCAAACAUUGUGGAAGUAAAUCUCGCGCCUCUCCGUGUCCAUUGGAUCGAAUAUCGAUAA